CGACAUCGGAACGAAAUGUGACUAGCAAGUCGCCCCAAGUUGGACAUGCCACCAGAAUAAUCUUCUUGUAUAUACUCUUUUCGAUACCCCUCCUCUGCUUGAGACAUUGGCUUGUGCUUGAGCUCUAUUAUCUUCUACACACACACACCAUGGCCCCCGCGCUACUUACUGCCGUCGACUCGGCCUCACAUAUCCAUCUUGUCAUCGGCUCGAAUCCGCUCGCCGGCGCGCGAUGCACACGAUCAAUCGAAGUCGGCGCACACCCUGUAUUGAUUGCCCCGGAGGAUGCGACAUUACACUACGGCUUGGUGAAGCGCAUUGAAGAAGGCGAAGUCAAGUGGAUCAAGCGCAACUUCCAAGAGGAAGACCUUACCACCUUGGGUCGCCACGAGGUGGAUGGUGUUGUGGAUGCAGUCUUUGUGACAGCAGGCGGCAAGCAGGGGCAAAGCACACAGAUAUCCAGCCUCUGCCGCCGGUUACGAAUUCCAGUCAAUGUCGCCGAUGCGCCCAACCUCUGCUCCUUUACGCUUCUUUCCACACAUUCCGACGGUCCCCUCCAGAUUGGCGUCACAGCAUCUGGCAAGGGCUGCAAGUUGUCCGCUCGCAUACGGCGCGAGAUUGCCUCUUCGUUGCCACCGAACCUGGGCGAUGCCGUCGAGAGACUUGGCACGCUACGAAGACGCAUAUGGGAGGAAGAGCAUGCUGCAGAGCUGUCACAAGAUCUUGAAGCCGAGGAGGAAGACAGCGGUCAGCCCGCGACCUUUAACAAGCUUGUCCUCGAGGAAAGCAAGGAAGCAGCACGCGGCCGCCGCAUGCGCUGGCUCUCGCAAAUCUGCGAGUACUGGCCCCUCCGUCGCCUCGCAGCAAUCACAGACGCCGACAUCGACACCCUCUUCCGCGAAUUCGCCAGCAGCAACGCCUCCAAGAUCGGUCCGACAUCGACCGCAGCCCCGGAAAAGAGUACUGGCCGCAUCAUCCUUGCCGGCUCAGGCCCAGGCAACCCCGACCUCCUCACCCGCGCCGCCUACAAGGCCAUCCUAUCCGCCGACCUAAUCCUCGCCGACAAACUCGUCCCCGCGCCCAUCCUCGACCUCGUCCCGCGCCGCGCCACCGUCCACAUCGCGCGCAAAUUCCCCGGCAACGCCGACCGCGCCCAGGAAGAGCUUCUGGAAUGGGGUCUGGAGGGCCUCAAGGCAGGCAAAGUAGUCGUCCGCAUCAAGCAGGGCGACCCGUACAUCUACGGCCGCGGCGGCGAGGAAUACGACUUCUUCCGCGCCCACGGCUUCGUGCCGACCGUGCUGCCGGGCAUCACGAGCGCCCUGAGCGCCCCGCUGUUCGCCGCCAUCCCCGCGACCCACCGCGGCGUCGCGGACCAGCUGCUGGUCUGCACGGGCACGGGCAGGAAGGGCGCGCCCCUCGAUCCCCCCGAGUUCGUCGCUACCCGCACCAUCGUGCUGCUCAUGUCGCUGCACCGUCUGCAGGCGCUGGUCGACAGCCUCGUGGCAAAGGGGUACCCGGCCGAGCUCCCGGUUGCGGUGCUCGAGCGCGCCAGCUGCCCUGAUCAGCGGGUCAUUCGCACCACGCUGGAGCACGUGUGCGCGGCUGUCGAGGAGGAGGGCAGCCGCCCGCCGGGCCUGCUGGUUGUGGGGAAUGCGUGCCGCGUGCUGUGCAACUACACGCAGCGGUGGGUGGUUGAGGAGGGGUUCCAUGGCCUGGAUGAUCUGGGUGCCGAUGGCGAGCUGCAGUUGAGCAAGCUCGGGGACGUGGUUGCGCAGGUUGCUGCAUAGACGACGACGAGGAACAGAUGAAGAUGUAGAUGGGAGAUCUAGACUUGAUUGAGCGUUGCAUAUGAUACCAAUAGAGGCUUAUAAGACUUUCUUCAUAACCACCUUCUGUCAUGCUGAAGUUCAGAAUCUCGUUGAAAUCAUUCGAUGAGUCUGCAAGACAUCACAGAUCAAACCCAAACAAAGCGUGUAAUAUACAGUAAUGCCAUU